UCUUUGUCCUGCUUUCCGUUUUCAUGGACCAGAUUUCAUGAGUUGAAUCGCCUUUUGAAAGGCUUCCGCUCACACGAGAUGACCGUACUGUCUGGUCACACGGGUGUUGGUAAAACCACAUUUCUGUGCGAGUAUUCCCUCGAUUUGGCCGAGAGCGGUGUGAAUACGAUGUGGGGCAGUUUUGAAAUGCCUCUUCGCAAACUUUGUCGCACACUGAUUCACCAAUAUGCAGGGUAUACCUAUGUGUUUUAUGAAUUUCCACGGAUCACAAUCAGAAGCAGACGUUUUCAAAGUAAGCUUUUCGUGCACCCGUUCCGUAUUAAUUCAGCUGUUUCAAGUUAA